AUGAAUUCUGCCCUCACACUUGUCUCCUUCCAGUCUCCCUCCCUCAACCUAAAACAACACCCGCCGUCCCGACGACAGCAGAUAAGUGCCAAGUGGGAGAAGAGACAACAAUGCUCACCAAAGCCCAUACGAUCAAUACCAGGGCCAAAAGCAACCAGGGGCCUCAACAAAGCUUUCCAUGGAGAUGGAGAUAAUGCCUUGACAGAUGUGAUUCAUGAGUUCUACUCCUCCCUCAAUGACAAGGACAUAGCACGGCUCAUGGAGCUCAUUGACCCUGAUUGCACCGUCGACCACGCUUCCUAUUACAAACCACUCAACUUCAAGAAGACGAUGACCUACUUCGCAAGGCUCAUGGGAUCCAUGGGGGAGAAUGCCAAAUUUGCUAUCGAUGAGGUUUGUCAAGGAGUAGAACCCACUGUUGCUGUAGUAAUGUGGCACCUUGAGUGGAAGGGCAAGAUCAUCCCGUUUACCGAAGGCCUUAGUUUCUACACCUGUUCGGCAAACGGAGAAGAGCUUCUUAUCAGGAAAGUUCAUAUCUUCAACGACUCACCUGUGAAACAAGGAAACCGGGCAUUGGACAUACUUCAUUCCGUUGCCUAUUCGUUCGACAAAAAUCCAGAAUCAGCUGAAAAAACUCUACAGGACACACAAGGGCUUGGGUCCUUUGUCAAGCUUUACGAACUCUGCGUGGAGCUUACCGCGCGUCUUUUCAGAUUUGUGGUGGGUGGAUUGGUUACGGGAAUCCUCAUUUUGUAUAGCAUAUGCAAGGAGUUCAUGUAAGGAGGCAAUACCACAGGAAAUC